CCAAGAUAUCGCAUAUUCCUCCUCUCCCCUCACGCUCAACCCAUCCACCAAAGCAGGAGACAUCCGACACACGCCCAAAAUCUAUCUCCAGCCAAUGCGCAACUAGCCCGCCCACCAAUUCACCCAUUCCCACACCCACAACCAAUCCCAAUACCCCACCACCACCACCGCAACCAUGCUCUUCUUCAGCUUUUUCAAAACUCUCACCAACCAAACCGUGACCAUCGAACUCAAAAAUGACAUCCGUAUCCGCGGCACUCUCAAAUCCGUCGACCAGUACCUGAACAUCAAGCUCGAUGACGUGGACGUCCUGGAUCUGGAUAAAUACCCGCAUUUGUCGUCCGUCAAGAACAUGUUUAUCCGCGGUAGCGUGGUGAGAUAUGUCAUGUUGCCGAGGUCGGAGGUGGAUAUUGGGCUUUUGGAGGAUGCGACGAGGAGAGAAGCAGCAAACCAAGCCGGAAAGGCCCGGUAAACUUAUUACCUCGACUGGAUUUAGCUUUACUUGACUUUGUCUUGCAUUGAUAGUUAUGGUUGGAUGGCUUGGGAUUGAGAUGAUACAGUAGGGCUCUGUGUCAUCUUUCAUUUUUUUUUACACUUUAUGUAUUUUUUUCCUUUUUUAAUCUUCACGAUGUGAUGAUGUUUGCCGUUGUCAUUGUCAUAUGGGUUCACUUUUUUCUUUGCUGCGCAUCGGUGGUUAGAUGAGGGUAAGUGGGAGGGAUGAGAAAUGGGUCCUGUUGGCCUAGUAUUAGGAUGGGGAAGGUACAUGCGUACAUUUGUAUGCUGGUUGAGGAGGACAAGACUUGACGACAAAGAGCGUUCUGACGAGGACAGCCAUGUCCAUUCUCCAUCAAACGCGAAAGGGGCAGUGGCAUGCAUGGACAACUGUCAGCAUACUACGUACCUACAUACCUAGAAACACGAAUAAACUCUUCAAAAGGC